ACGUUUUUAUGAUCGUAUUGAGUUACAACAAUGGCGAGAAUCAUGGACUUUAGGUCGUUAUAUUCUCGCUAUUUAUCUUUUAAUUUAUCCAAGAUUUCAUCCAAUUAUUGGAUUGCAUUUAUUUAGUUUGGCAAAGUGUAUGUGGAAUGAUACUUGCAAAGAUAAAGAUAAAAUCGUUGAAUCCUAUGAGAUAGUAAAAGCAACAAAGAAAGUGUUAGAGAUUACACAUGGUGAUGGAUUUGAAAACAGAAAAAUCAUUGCACAAGUCAUGGACUUAGAAAUCAAUAUGCAAAUUGAAUUAAUGGAAAUAGAAAAAAAGAAAUAG